AUGUCGGUAAGAAAUCGUACGGCACCCGGUCGCGACAGAAUAAGACCAGAACACCUUCCGCCAGUGCUCAUCAACACCCUGGCGAGGCUCUUUACACGUUAUCUGUUGGAAUGCAAGGUUCCUAAACAGUGGAAGACCAGCAAGACCGUGUUGUUGUAUAAAAAGGGAGAUCCACAUGACAUCGGCAACUAUCGCCCAAUCUGCCUACUGUCCGUCAUCUACAAGCUCUUUACAAGAGUAAUCCUUAAUAGGAUUGAAAAAGUCUUGGAUGAAGGACAGCCAUGCGAGCAAGCAGGGUUUCGAAAAGGAUUCAGCACGAUUGACCACAUUCACACUGUUUCGAAACUCAUCGAGGUAUCACGAGAGUACAAGAUGCCGCUGUGUCUCACCUUCAUCGACUUAAAGAAGGCUUUCGACUCGGUUGAGACGGAAGCGGUCGUGGAAGCCUUGGACAAUCAAGGCGUCCCUACUCAGUAUAUAAAGGUACUUCGAGAGUUAUACAGUAACUUCACGACCGGAAUUUCGCCAUUCUACAAGAACAUCAUCAUUGACGUGAAGAGGGGGGUCCGACAGGGUGAUACAAUUUCACCCAAAAUAUUCACAGCCACCCUCGAGAACGCAAUGCGAAAGUUGGAAUGGGACGACAUGGGAGUGAAGGUUGAUGGUCGGCAGCUACACCAUUUGCGCUUUGCUGAUGACAUCGUACUGGUAACACCUAGUAUCAGCCAAGCGGAACGAAUGCUGACCGAAUUCGACGAAACAUGUGGAUGCAUCGGUCUUCAGCUGAAUCUACAAAAGACGAUGUUCAUGCGGAACGGAUGGGUCUCGGAUGCCCCAUUCACGCUCAACGGAACGAACAUAUCCGAAUGCACCAGCUACGUUUAUCUGGGUCGGGAACUGAACAUGAUGAACGACCUGACCCCCGAGCUGGGCAGGAGGAGACGAGCGGCUUGGGGAGCGUACAAGAGCAUCGAGGAUGUAGUGAAGAAGACCAGGAACACCCGGCUACGUGCUCACCUCUUCAACACCACCGUACUUCCUGCUUUGACCUAUGCUUCGGAAACCUGGGCAUUUCGCAAGCAGGAAGAAAACGCGUCAUGCAUCGUCUUUGGAGAAGGAGCUGGAGCAAAUAUUCUUUGUCGAUUUGCAAUGGAAAAUCCAAACCGUAUUCUCGGGACAAUUCUGGUCCACUGCACGUCCACUACAGCUGGUAUUGUUGAAUACUGCAAGGACAAGGUGAUCAAUAUGCGUCUUGAAAACGACAUAAUGACUGAUGGAGCAUGGGAAUAUCUCGUUACACAUAAAUUUGGAACUGCGGCUGACGCGAAUAAAAAAGAGAGGCAGAUGUUUGUGGAUCAGCUGAAAAAAACCCUAAAUCCACGAAAUUUGAGCAAAUACUUGCUCUCCUUCACCAAGCGUACAGAUCUGUCUGGUUCUAUCGGAUCGAAACUUGACAACGUUGACACAUUGCUUGUAUCCGGCUCGAAAGCGUCUCAUCUUCAUACAGUGUAUACCACUCAAAAAAGUAUGAAUCGACGCAAAACAACUUUACUAGUUGUUGACAACGUUGCCGAUGUGCUCCAGGAAGCGCCUGAUAACAUGGCACGUUCGUUUAUACUCCUCUGCAAGGGAUGUGGCGUUCUAUCGGGCGUCGCUAUUCCAGGAAUGGAACGACAACGGACACUCAGCAGUUCGAUGGAGGAAGCAGAUCGUCCACGUCGCCUUUCGGUCACUCAACCUAAUCUACCACCAGUGCCAUCGAAUUAA